AUGAAGGAAAGACUCGGAGAGCGCAAUUAAAACCCGCCACCCUUCAGUCUAGGAGGACCAGGGAAAGAAGUUCAGCAGCUACAGGAUAUGGCUCUGAGGGUGGCAAUGGCAGUCUGCCUCCUGUUCAAAGCAAUGGCGGCCUCGCUGACUGAAGAAGCAGAGGUGCGCAUGAUGCCUCCUCACACCCAGCAGCAGAGCAACUGGACAGUUAAUGACACAGAAGCUGACUACAUAGAAGGGCCUGUAGCUUUGAAGUUCUCCCAUCCUUGUCUGGAAGACCACAAUAAUUACUGCAUUAAUGGAGUGUGUGCAUUCCACCAUGAGCUGAAGAAAGCCAUUUGCAGGUGUUUUACUGGAUAUACGGGAGAGAGGUGUGAGCAUUUGACCUUAACUUCAUACGCCGUGGAUUCUCAUGAGAAAUACAUUGCAAUCGGAAUUGGUGUUGGAUUGUUAAUUAGUGCUUUUCUUGCUGUCUUAUAUUGCUACGUAAGAAAAAGGUGUCUAAAUCUGAAAUCACAUUACUUCAUCUGCUCUGACGGGCAGACCUUAUAA